UCCGUACGCUUUUCCACUUGUUUUGUGAAAAAAUAUGUGCAUCUUAUUCUGGACUGUCGAUAACCAUCCUAAAUACCGUUUUAAUAGAGACGAAUUUUUAGAAAGACCUACUGCAAGAGCUCAUUAUUGGAAUGAGCCUCAUGGGAAUGUCUUGGCUGGCACUGAUCUUGAAGUAAACCCUGAAGACCAAACCAUAAAGAAUGGUACAUGGCUUGGCAUUACAAAAGACGGUCGUUUUUCUGCCCUCACCAACUACAGAGAGAAGAGUUUCAAAGGUCAUAUCUCCAGAGGCAUCCUUGUGAGAGAUUUUUUAUGGGGAAAUUUUACGGUGCAUGAACAUAUGGAAAGCUUAUUGAAAGAUGAUUACUUUAAUCAAUUUGGAGGUUUCAACCUGAUCGAUCUAGACUUUAGUAAGAAAGAUACUACAGAUAUGGCUUAUAUAUCGAAUAGAGAGCAUCAAUCGAUAUAUGACUUGAAACCAGGCGAAAUAUAUGGUCUUUCAAAUUCGAUAUUGACGAACCCCUGGCCGAAAGUUGUGGACGGUAAAAAGUUGUUUGAGGAAGUUAUCAGCAAGCAUCAGAGUGACAACGAAGACGAAAUGAUCAAGGCUCUUUUUCAACUGUUAAGCACAACAAAACCUAUGACUAAUACAGGAGAUGUUGAACACAUUUAUGGAGAUCUCAAAGAACGUAUAUGCAUUCCAUUAUUCAACUUCCCAGAGAACCUCAAUCUAAAAAAUUCAGCCUAUGCGACUCGAACCAGUACAGUUGUACUACUUGAUUAUAAUGAUAAUGUUACUUUUAUUGAGCGUAUGUGGUAUAAUGAAGACGAUAUAACUCCUGCCACACAUGUCAAUUUCAAUGAUAAAGUAUAUCGUUUUACGCUAAAUAAAAAGGUAAAAGAAGGGUUUGGGAGAUGAGGCAAAAAGAAGUUGGAGCCAUUCGACUGCUUUUUUGCCUUAAGUCACAGCGUAAUUUUUUUUCUAGUUUUUUUU